GUAGAGUUCUAAGUUAUUGCUCAGUAACGCUUUGAAAUUCCCGCCAAAACUCGAUAUACUCUCUCGACACGGACUAUAUACCUUAUAUAUAGCGCGAGCUCCAAUAAUAGCUAUAGCGGGAGUCGGGACUCUAUAUAGGCUUUUCUCCCGUAGUAAAAGUUCGCGUGAACUAGACCAAUCAGUAUGUUUACACUUGAGAAAAAUUCAACUUUUUCCCGUGCACUCGCUCCUAAAAUGAGUGAGGAACUUUGCUCGCUAUUGGAAUUCGCUGCAAGUCUCGGCUAUCGUCUAUCAGAGGCAUGUAACGGAGAAUACACGCACUGAUCUCUCACGCGCGCGGCAUCGUCAGGACUUGAAGAUUUCCGAGUUGGCUUCUCCCACGGAAAUCGCUGGGCGUAUGAUUCAUCAAUUGAGGUUACCUUACUCGCGCGCGAGACAGAGAUCUCUGAUUACAUGUACACACGUAUGACUCUGUCUCUGUCUGCCUCAUAACUCUGUGUGUUGACAUUCUAUACUUCAGUCGAGAGGAGAGGAAUCUGACAAUGUUUCAAAAUCCGCUCGACUACGAAGAGUGAACGGUGUUUUGUGCGGACACAGAUUGUAAGCUUCCUCGUCUCGAAGAACACUGGGCUGAAAAAUUCGCAUUUUUUUUGUUUUCCCGGUAAUAUGCAGGGCGUCGACGGUUGACUCUGGUGCAUAUAAAUGAGUGCUUAUUGGAAGACACAGGUCGGAGUGAUGAUGUUAGAGGAUGACUGUUUUGGAGCACCUGUAGUCCAGGACUGCAAGAACUUUGCGAAGAUGACCUGAAGUGCGCUGAGGGAAAAGCAGCAGCAACAGCUACGAGGCUUCAGAGAGGCAAAUAUUAUUUUCCAUCCGUGAACAUGGUGCAUCCAUUGUUUAUCGAAGAUGCUUGGUGUUACUGGGUCAUCUCCGCUGGAGCACUAUUUUCCUUUGUCGGCCUCAUUGUUGCCUGUAUAUGUAGCUGUCGGCGAAAUGACAACAAGAGCGAGUUCCUGGGGCUUGCAGGUAUGGUAACAAUUACUCAUCCUGACAAUGAGGGAUUCUGCAGAAUUACCACGUCUUCCGAAGCAAUGCAGACUCUUCCACAGGACACAGUUGAUGGAGGAAAAAGAAGUAACACUGCAAACAGAAGCUUGCCAGAUAUUCCAAAGGAUAAAAAUGCAGAUUGUGAAACUGAUGUAGAAUUAAGGGAUGUGAUAUAUGAAGUUACAGAAAACAUAGGUGGCGAUCCAUCAGAGCUCUAUGCAACUGUCAGAGAUAAAAAUGAAGAUAGAAAGGAUAAGCGAGAUAAACAAAGUAUAUCACAGCAGAGUUCUCAGGAUGAAACAGCAAGUUUAUAUGCUAGGCUUCAAACUCCUCAAACAAGCAGUGAAGAACACCCAUAUGCACAAGUUCAAAAUGUUCCAAAGACUGAAAAUGCUCAACAUAUUAGCAGUCAUAUGAUUGACUUGGCUCAGCCGUCCACAUCAACGGGCGGAAAUUUGCCCGUUGCGCCGCCGAGAAGUCGUAGAUCAUCUUCGCAUAAUUCUCUCCUGGAACAACCUGUGCCUGACAUUCAAGCUGCAACUGCCAUCACUGGUGGAGUCCAAGCCAAUCAGGACUUGCCGUACAUGACACCGCCUAUCCUGAUGCCACUUCCACAACCCCCUCAGCCUCAAAAUAACAGUCCUCAGCAGCAACAUUUCAGCGGCGAUUCGCAAGAUUCAAAGGGAUAUACAAGUAUUAGUGUUAGAGAGCCAUUAGCCAAUAUAAUCGCACAAACGAAAAGCGCUCAACAACAGAGACAAGCCACUCGACCAAUUACGGAUCCACAUUACGCUACUGUUUCCGAUGAUUCUGAUGAAAUGUACGCUGCCAUCGACGAGCAGGACAAAGUUUACACGAGCGGCAGUGAGACGUACGCUCAGAUUCAGCCGAUGGCGGUUGAAGUCAAUCGACCACCUCAAAACGAACAACCGAACGUACUCUUACAAAGUUCUGUACGUGCGGAAGAACCUUAUGCGUUAGCGCCACAACCACCAAGCGUGGAUAGUCUUAGGCAUGUAGCGCACGCACAUUCGAGACAAGCCUCAUCAUCAAGCGCAACAAGCUCUGUGGCGAACCCCAGCUCACCGAAGCCCGAGAAGCGUCAGGCAAACUCACCGCUGCCGCCUCCACCCGAAAAUCCUAUGGACAUGUACGCGAUGAUCGACAAGCGCAAUAAAUCCGAUGAUCGCACUCGAGCUAGCGUAUCAUCUGGCAAAUCCCUGGAGGACAUGUAUGCCAAAGUGAUGAAAAAGAAGCGUGAAAGCGUAGACGAUGAUCUUACUGCCAGUCCAACUUCAGGCCUUCCGGUGGGUUUUAGUCUCGAAACAAGCGCAGCGGCGGCAGUGAUAUCGAGUGGAAGUGGAGCACGUCGCAAGCUCAGCCUGAUCGAGGUGAGUCGCGCUUCCUGGUCCAGCCACGAUUCCGUCGAGAUUUUGAAGCGUGAACCGGAUACUGUAGUGGCAUCUGUGGAACAUAAUAACGGCGUGGAGCCAUUCGACGAUGAAUUUGAUCUAGAUCAUGGCUACGAAGCUGUUGCGGGAGGGGGCGGUAAGCGUCUAAGUGCACCCAGCGUAGAUGCUAAUUACGAGACACUUAGACCCUUAAACUCGGCUUCGAGUUCGUCCAGAAAUGGCAUCGACACACAACUACCCAUAUACUCCAUGCCCUUCAAACAUCGACAGGUAAGCAACGCGAGCAGCGAAGAUCCUGGCUACGAAAAGGUGAGGCUAUGCAAGAGGCCAACGAGUGCAACUAGUAAUAUUGGCUUGGAAGAUGUUGACACGGAUUCUGAACCAAAUUAUGAGAGCAUGCCUCAUGAUCCAAUUGAGCCCAACUAUGCCUCAGUGGGCGCUUGCAGGCUCGGUACCUCAGACAGCGAUGCUGAUCCUAACUAUGAAAGCGUGAGCAACGGUGACCCAAACUAUGAAAGUGUGAAAUAUGUGAGCACGGGCUCUGCUGCGGCAGUCGCUGGUACGUCUAUGGAGCCACCAUAUGAAAGACUUGCCGCUCCUUAUGAUCCUGAUUACGAAAGGAUACGCAGGAGUGGUGAGUCUCACGGUGCCGGCGCCAAUGACACCGAUGAUGAGCAAUAUGUACAGGUCUAACGAUACCUCGCAAGGACUGCGAACCGGGCACUACGCGCCGGUAGUGAAGCUGCUCGGCGACGUUCGGUUUGCAGACCUGCGAUCGGUAAUCUGAGAAAAAGAUACGAGUAUUUAUUUUACAAACGAGUGUGACUCGUUACGAAAACACGCUCAACUUAAUAAGAGACUUUUCUUCUAGCGGAGUGCGUAAAAUUUCUACGCAUAUUUUUGAGCGACCUAAGGAAGUUGUAUUUAGAUACAGGUUGUAUUUCUUAAUUCUGAGUCAUUCCGGAAUCAUUAGCUCAAAAAAAUAUAUAAUUUAUUUUGUAAAAAUAUUUGCCUAAAGAAAAUACUUGUUACAUGUAGAUAUUUGACACAUGACGGAUAUUCCGUUUACUGUAAUGAUUAAAGAGAAUCAGAAGUUUAACUUCUGUGCAAUGCCGAUAUUGAACGCUAAAUUCUAGGAAAGAAAAUUUAGGCUAAAAAUCGUUUUAUCGUAACUUCUAUUUUCUAUAACGUAAUUCAUUGUUAGAUUUUUACAUUUAAUUGAGAGUAUUUCCAUUGCUUAUGUUGUAACUUGCAUAACACAUUAAAUGCGUUGAGAUCAUUACAUGGAGAACCCUUUAAGAAUUUAUGGGUAUUCAAUCAUAAACGAGAAAAAGACAGAAAUCAAUACUUUGUCAAAAUUAUUUUAGUAUUUAAUUAUAAGUCAAUAUUGUACAUAAGAAAUGUACUCUAUUAAAGUUUAUUCUCUUUUUCUUGACUAUGUCAAAAACUUGUUUUAUAAUAUGAUGAGAGAAAAGUUUAUGAAAUAAAUCAAACUCGGAAAAUAUAAAUUAUGAAAAUAUAAUUUUCAACAAAUAUUAUAAAUGUAAAACAAUGAGAUUCAUAAGCUUUAAAAAUUAUAAGCUAAAAGCAAAUAAUUAUUCAUUCCUGAAAGGAGUAAAAUGCAGAUAUUUCAAAUGCACGAUAUAAUCGAACAAAAAGUAAUUAAAAAUUACAAAAAAUCUGCAUGUACAGAGAUUCAAAGUUACCAUAAAUAAGUACUUUUGGUACUGUAAAGUAUUGACAAUGAAAAUUUAAAGUCCUACUUUUGUCUAUUUUUCUUAUUCGGUUUUGCAAAAUUUAACUAUUUUCAAUUUCGUUUCAUUGGUUAUUGGUCAUAGUUUAUUAUAUCUUAUUCUCAUCUAUUUGUAAUGAAAAUAUACCUAUAUUUUUUUUAUCAAAAAUAAAAUAUCUUUUCCAAAUGUAUCUCAAACGCAUGGAAAAUUAGAUCAUUUUAAAUGUACUAGAAUUUAAAAGAAAGCCAAAAGUUACAAGUAGUAUAAUUACUUUAAGAACAAAUAAACGACUAUUUUUAAUACAAGUUUUAACUAUAAUAUCAUAGAUUAUGAUACUAUCAGUAUAUAUACAUAUAUGUACAACGUUUCUUUCUAUUUUCAUAAGGGAGGGUUAAGGCUGAUAGUAAAAGUGGUGUGAAAGCCUGUGCGUAUUUUUGAAAUACGCCCUACUUUUUUCGUGAGUUAUUGUCAGCAAGAUAAAUGAAUAUUGCCUUCAUCAACAUUUUAAUUAAAAUAAAUACUGAAAGCAGUCUUAUGAAGCAUUUUUACGAUAACCUGACAUGAAGAUUUAUACACUACUCGCGUAUUCAUAAAAUAGCUCAAUAGCUCACGUUUAAAAUAAGCUUUUAUGUCUAUGCAAAGGACAACAAUUCUAUACUUUUUGUUUAAUCGUAUUAAAGUUACCAUUUUUAAUAAUAAAGAAUUUUUCUCCAUGGUUUCUCGGGUAUUGAAGCUCUGGCCUCCUAUAUUAGCAAUAUUAGUAACAAUAACAGUAUGCGUGUACAUAAUGACGAACCAACGAAUGAUAAUCUUCUCUCUAUUCGAUUCAGGCAUAAAUUAUUCUCACAUAAUUUAUUUAUAUUCCUAUCGCGUUGUCGAGCAUUCCAACCUAUGUGCCAAGCGACCUCGAUGUAGAAUUCAGUAUGUUAUAAUUCACUCUGCUGUAGCGUAGCCUAGGUACAAAGUAUCUAUGCUUAUAAUAUAUGAUAUUUCCUAUACAUACCGAAAACAGAUGCUCGGCAAUCAUCUAAUCUUCCAAGUUCCACAGUAUUUUUUACCUUUUCUUCCACGAGCUGUGCGUAUGCAGAGAAAAUAAAAAAGAGAAACGGGGAAAAAUAUAAGAGGUAUAUUUAUAUUUAAUAAUACGUAAGGAGAGUAUCUUUUUACACUCGGAGAAAGACUUGGUUAAUAUAUUUUGAUCGAUGAAUUCUACCUCGGUUGAUGUCUGUUUCAAGCUUUGCAAAGGAUCCGCGUUUAUAUAGUAAAAUAUUUUAAUAAAAUUAAAAAUUUUGAAUGUUAAAAUUAAAUUUUUAAAUUUUUAUCAAAUUAUAUAAGCUGCUUUGUGAUAGAUACUUGCGCAUCGUUUGAAUAACGUUAGAAUUGCGAUGGACGUUUCAGUAAAAUUAAAACUUUUUAUGAAUAACGAUAACUGCUAAGAAACUUCUUUGAGUGUGUACUCUUCUGUGUAACCAGUGCAAUGUAAACGGUAUACCUCGCAGUGGUUGAGGUAGCUUUAACGAAAAUUAACGAGCAAACUAGAGUUCCGCUCCAUGACAGUUUUUAAAAACUAAGUUUGUUUAAGAAAUACAGGGAUAAUGUAAACAUUUAUAUAUUGAAUAUCAUAUUAGGAGGCGUUUCAUCGAAGAUUCGCGGAGAUAGAAAUGAAAACUAUUAUUUUAUAUAAUAUAUAAUAUAUUGCGGAUUAUAUUAUCAGAAAUUUCUGUACUCGAGCGUCUUCAGCCCUGGCGUGGGACAUAAUUAAUGUAUAAUGAUUUUUUUAUUCAUGUAUAUACAUAUUAUGUAUACACAUAUAUGAUAUUUUAUUAAUAAAUUCUUUUUAUAUGGAACGAAAA